AAAAUGACAUUUGUAACUAAAAGAAAAGACUUCGUUUUGCUUGCACGUAAAAUAGGAAUAACCGUUUUGAAAGAUUAGUCACAAAGCAACGAAAUGCUUCCUGGUUGUGGAUCAAGAAUUUGGCUUAAAGGAAUGCAUUGCCUUCGGCAUGUUAUUGAAAUUUGAACUCAUUUGUAUGGUACAUAAUGAACCGUUCUAAUAACAUCGCCCAGAGCUCCCAAUUACACUUAACUUCGGAUAGUGGUGUUCCCAACAGCACUCCAAUGAGAGUCGCUAGUAGAGCUGCACCUGCACCACCUGUACCCACUCAUCAGAAUGGACGUGAAACUGACGACUUGCAAGAUCUUAAAGGGAAAGUCGAAUCCAGAUUGCUGUCUAUGUGGAACAACGUAAAGUUCGGUUGGACUGUCAAAUUGAAGACUAGUUUUUCAAAAGAAUCACCAGUAUGGCUUUUGGGGCGGUGCUAUCAUCGAAAGUUAAGCCCAACUGGUUCCUUGGAGUCCUCUACAGAGAUCGGUAUGGAAGCCACAGCACUUCAACCUAUGGAACAAAUAUAUGGGGAAGGAAUUGAAGGAUUCAAGUCUGAUUUUGUUAGUAAAAUAUGGAUGACCUACCGAAGAGAGUUUCCUACAAUGUCAGGCUCUUCGUUCACCACAGACUGUGGGUGGGGCUGCAUGUUGAGGAGUGGACAAAUGUUACUAGCACAAGCACUGGUAUGCCAUUUCCUUGGAAGAACUUGGCGCUGGACUCCUGAAAAGCCUAUUCAAAAUGCAAGAGAAUUCCAAGAAGACUGCCUUCAUCGAAUGAUAAUAAAGUGGUUUGGCGAUAAGUCGUCAGUGAAUAGUCCCCUCUCCAUCCACCAGAUGGUAAAGUUAGGAGAAAACUUGGGCAAGAAGCCCGGAGAUUGGUACGGACCAGCUUCUGUCGCCCACUGCUUGCAGGCAGUGCUAAAUGCUGCUUCUAAAGAAAAUUAUGAAUUUGAUUCCUUGGAAGUUUAUGUUGCUCAAGACUCUACUGUGUAUAUCAAAGAUAUACAAGAUUUAUGUAAGCUGCCCAGCGGAAGCUGGAAGUCCCUGAUACUACUGGUGCCUGUCAAGUUAGGCACUGAUAAGUUAAAUCCCAUAUAUGGACCCUGCCUCACUUCUCUCUUAACCCUAGACUUUUGCAUUGGGAUUAUUGGUGGGCGGCCUAAGCAUUCACUCUACUUUGUUGGCUAUCAAGAUGAUAGAUUAAUACAUUUAGAUCCACAUUACUGUCAAGAGAUGGUUGAUGUAUGGCAACCCAACUUUGCCCUGCAGUCCUUCCACUGCCAUUCUCCGAGAAAGAUGCCUAUUAGUAAAAUGGAUCCCUCAUGCUGUAUUGGAUUUUACCUUGCUACUGAGCAUGACUUUGAGACGUAUAUAAACAUAAUCAAGUCUUUUCUCAUCCCUCAGGGUGUGUCAUCAAACAAUGAAUACCCAAUAUUUUCAAUACACCCAGGCUCCCGUAGUUCAGUCAUGAAUCCCCCAAACAUAAGAUACUCAAUUUAUGAAUCGGAGCAGAAUUGGGUGACACCAAGCAUCAAUGACAGUGAUACAGACAUCGAGUCAGAGGAAUUUGUUUUAGUUUAGUAUAUUUGUAUUAGUUAUACCAAAUAUGAUUGCAA